AAGCUGUCUGUGGCUCGGCUGCAGCGAGAAGUUGCACAAAGUAAGAGCGAAGGAACCAUGCGUGAGAAACUGAUACAUGAGUUGGAGGAAGAAAGACAUUUAAGACUCGAGAGUGAAAAACGAUUACGGGAGGUAACACUGGAGUCAGAGCGUAACAGAGCUCAGAUGCGUGGUCUACAAGAGCAGUUUUCCAGAAUGGAGGAAACGGUGAGAAAUCUGCUACAGAGCCAAGGAUCCCCAGGCCAGAAUGGAGAAGGAACUGUCAAUAUCAUGAAGGCAUAUCAGGAAAAACUGUCAGAAGACAGUAGGAAAUGCAAAGAAGGCAUGGAAAAAAAUCACACAGCAGCAGAUGAAGAUUCAAGAAGUGAAAGCAACAGCACUGAAGAGGAAAAAGAAAAGACAAAAUUGCUAUUGGAGCGUUUGAAAGCUCUGGAGGCAGAGAAUUCAGCACUGGCUCUUGAAAAUGAAAAUCAGAGAGAACAGUAUGAAAGAUGUCUUGAUGAGGUAGCUAAUCAGGUUGUUCAGGCUCUACUUACUCAAAAGGAUCUGAGGGAGGAAUGUAUAAAGCUGAAGACAAGAGUUUUUGAUUUGGAACAACAGAAUCGAACGUUAAGUGUGCUUUUCCAGCAAAGAGUCAAACCAGCUUCUGACCUCCUCCUUCAGAAACUCCAUUCGCGCAUCCUAGACCUCUCAUCUGGAGAUUUGCUGUCAGAAGUAGAACGGAACAGAAGCUCGGUGCAGUUGCGACCUGCUGAUGCUCAGAUUCACGAAUGCCAACAGAAUGUGAAAUCCACUAUACCUGUCUUGAAAUGCCACAGUCAAUUAAAUGUGACAGGUCCUAACCGCCUAUAUCCCCGGAGCAGCUGCAGUAGCAGUGAACUCUCCCUUUCAAGUGCUUGCAGUGAAUAUUCCAGUGGUUCCUCCUACACUUGGAAUGAUGGGAAGACAUACAGCAAAAGGUCAUCCGUGAGCUGGGAUAAAAGAAUAAGCAUUGGUUCUUCACUCCCAAGCAACCUUUCUAGUCCUGCAGAUGAUCUGCCUCCAACUCGUAUCAAGGAAAACCAUAUCCUAGAAGGACUGAAGAAAUUACAGAGGCAAAAAGUAUUACUUGAAUCACCUUCAGUAAUAUCGAAAUGGGGUUACAAAGAUUGCAUGAACUCCAAUGAAGGAAUAUAUUCCCCUGGAGUUAAAUGUGGCAGCCAUCAUGAGCAGACUCACUGUAAGCCAAUGGAAAUAGGAAGUAUUUGCACUGAACAUAACAAAACUUUCUCUUAUGAUUCAGAUUCACAUGAUGAUGCAGAUGAUGAUUCUUCAUCUUUAUUAUUGCUGCAGGAAGUACCAAGCAAAGACUGCAGGAUCUAUAGUAAUAAAUUAACUCACAGUGUUUCUGACAGUCUCUUUCACUGGGAUCCUAAUAGGAAACAUUUUCCAGAAAGAAGUUCAUAUUUUAAUUCAAAGGAAAGACCAGAAAAAUUGACUAGUUUUGUCAGUGGAUUUCAGGCGGAAGUAGAAUCAUGCACCAGAACAAAGCUGCCUGAUUUACAGUUAGAUCAAAGCCUUGCUAAUAUAGGCUGGAAGGACCUUAAUUUUCAGCUUUCAGAUACUGAUGACAAUGAAGUCUUGGAUGAAUUGCAUAUAGAAAGCAGUGAUGAGAAAAGUCCAUCAGAUUUAUUAGCAACUCCUUUUACUGAGAAGUACACAAAGAACUCUGACGAGCUCAUAGUCACGGAGAAUUCUCAGUUUGUACCUGGUGACAAAGAGGAAAGACAGACAUCUGUUCACUCAGAUAUUGGGCCAAAGACAUGUAAUUUCAUUAAACAACAAAAAGUCAUAAAAAAGACUUCUUCUGAGGAGUGCAUUACAGUAAUAUUUGAUGCUGAGGAUGGUGAGCCCAUUGAAUUCAGCUCACAUCAAAUUGGAGUUGUCACUGUAACACGAAAUGAGAUAUCAAUCAACCAACCAGAAAGUAGGUCCAGUGCAGAAUAUACUGAACUUAUACCUCAGGGAAUAGCUAAUUUGCAGACAGGAGCAAAUGCUAGAGACUACACUGUUCUGGAAGGACCUGAAGACAAAACUAAGAAACAGCCUCUCGAAGAUAAUACAGGGAAUAAAAAUACAGUUGUCUCCAUGACCUGCAGUGAAUCUUCACCGUGUGGAAGAGUAAUACUGCAAAAUGCCCCACAACAAAAAAUAGUGAAGCCAGUGUAUGAUGUAUCAUACAAGACCAAUUCAAGCCCCAUUGUUCAUGCAGGAAUCAAUCAAAAGCCAAUCUUGACUAAAAUACCCAGCAGAGGUAAAUUUUCUCCACAAAAAAACAAGAUGACAGAGAGUGAGGAGGCACCUGCAGCUACAUCAGUGACCUCUGCAACCCUUGAAAAAUCACCUGCUCUGCCACCUGUAAAGCUUUCAAGACUCAAAAAGGCACAAAGUCCACCUCGUAAUUUUGAUUCAAAAGUCAACUUCCAGAUUCCAAAGCCCCCUGCCCACCCCCUGCCCAGCUCAAAGCGUCCGGGCAGAGGCAAUGGGACAAAGUACCCAAAGAGUCAGAGUCCAGCAUCACCACUGUUGCCUCAGCACCUUAUAGAGCCUACUGACUGUGGAGAACCUCCAACUAGAGACUCUAAUCAUGAUUUAGCAACUGUAGAAGCCAGGUCGCCAUCCCCACCCCUUCCUCCAGGCAGGUCAACAUCCCUAUUGAUUCGGCCUGAUUAUGCUCAUUCACCACCUGUAGCUAUGAAGUUAGGAGGAGCUAUUUCAGGUGAAACAGCAAAAAAUAUACUGAAAUCAUCAUCAUUAAAAGGAACUGCAAACUCUGGCAUCCAUAAUCAAUCUGGUCGUGAUAUGCAAGCAAAAAGUGUAUCUUCUGGGGCCAAAAUUGAGUUAUCGUACCUUCAAGAAAAUUCUGAAGCGAUUAUGCAAAAUAAAUGUAUAUCUCAGCAAUCCCGUAGUGCAUGCCAAGGACUUUCCAAAGUUUUCACAAAGCAAGUCUGCCUAAAGAACACUAAUCAGAUGGGUCUCCACAGGAACCGUGAGUUUCUGAGCACAGAUUUUCAGACAGGCAGGUCCAAUCCUCUGGGUCCAUCACUGGAAAUAACUUCACAAGAAGCACGUUCCGGCAAGAAGGAUAUUUCCAGUGACAGUGGGGUUGAUCAGCCACAAAAGAUGCCAAACAUUCUCCCAGCAACUCCUCAAUGUCAUACAACAAGUGCGAGUGAGCCCUUGCUAUCUCAGGUAAAUAAUUCUCCAUUGUCAACACUGUUUCAUGGUAGUGACACUGCAAAUGCCACACAAAACUCUAAUGAGAAAGGAGUGAAAACCCGUCUUCCUGUAGGACUGAAAUUAUUUGUCAAAUCUCCUCAACUUCUCCGAAAGAGCUCCACCGUCCCAGGGAAGCAGGAAAAAGAUAGUAUAAAUGCAGCUUCCAAAAGCCACGUGAGUACAAGUAAGUACAAGCAAAAUGAAUGUGCAGCCACCAAAUGUGCAAUGGGUGCUGAAUUAAAAGACUCUAAGUCUGAUAAUGAAAUGAAAGAUAAUUUUACUGUGAGACUUAGUAUGGAUACUGCAUCACCUCAUUCACAUGAAAAUGACAGCUUGGUGGUAGACAGAGUGGAUGAAUUAGAAAGAAAAUUAGUUAAGAGAUCUUUUUCUUCUAGCAACAAGUCACACUUGAAACCAGCUCUGGGUAUGAAUGGAGCGAAAGCUCGAAGUCAGAGUUUCAGCAUUCAUACAGGAGAAAAGUCAUCUGCCCUUGUGACAGAAGGUCUUGGAAAAGUACGGACUCAAAUCAUUACAAACACUUCUGACAGAGGAAAUUCUCUAACAAGGCAGAACUCAGCCGUGGAAGGACUUCAAAUCAAGGUCAUUCCUGGGUCAGCAGCAACACAAGAGACUCUUUCAAAUACUUCAGAAAACACAGAAAAUUCUUACUCUAGACAAGGUUCUCUUGGAAAUAAUAGCAAUAACCAGCAUGGAAGCCCAAGCAAACUGCCAUUCAUAUCAUCUCCAAAAGUAGACUCAUUUCGAAACACUUCAAAAUAUGAUGGAAACAAAUCAUUUUCUGUGAAAGAUGCACGCAGUCUAUCUGUCCAGAGUGAGAAAAGCAGUGAAAAUUUGAAACACGAAGCUCUAAAUAAAAAAAGUGUUUUGCCAGCAGAAUUGGAGUUAGAUGCACCAGCUACUGUAUCUUCCAAACAGAUUUCAUCAUUUCAUAGCUUGGGUGGAAUAAAAUGUCCACAUAAGCUGGAAGCAAUAAAAUCACAGAGACAGCAGAUGUCUUUAAAGUUAGUAGAAGCCUCUCAUGUUACUGAUGUUUUUAGUUCACCUGCUCUACAACCUACAAUAGAGGAGAAGGUCAUGUUGUGCAUCCAAGAAAAUGUCCAGAAGGGUCAGGAACAAAACAAAUCUCCCACUGUAGAGACUAAACAAAAGACUGGGCCCUCUAUAGCUAGUUGGUUUGGCUUUCGGAAGAGUAAGCUGCCAGCACUGAGCAGCAGGAAACCCGACGUUCCUAAAACAAAGGUAGAAAAAAAAGAACCAAGAGUUUCAGGAUUUGGAAUUAAGCAGUCAAAAAUAGAGAGAAGAAAAGAAAAAAAGCAAACUGAACAACACUGUGAAGUGGAAAAUGAAAUUAACAGGAAAACGGACAGCGGGGACUUUUUAGAUGAUGCUGUGGAGUUUAAAAUUUUGAAGCCAUCACAAAGCACAUCUGGCAAGAUUGGAUGUGAACAAAUCAGAGGGUCCACCUCAGCUACAUACUUACCAAAAGACAGUUUUAUGAAAGAGCUUUUGAACAGAGUUGAUAAGAAAGCAGCUCAGCAGACAGAAAGUGGAUCAAAUAAUGUUUCCUACAGGAGUGUGUCGAAGGGCAGCUCCCAGGGCUCCUCUCUUCACAGCAACUCUAUCAGCUCUCAAGGAAACCACAAGAAAAACAGCAACACGAAAGCUGAUAUGGAAAUGCAGAAUCAGACCCUGGCUAACGUAGUCACAGAAAACCUGCAAGAAGAAGAGGAGGAUACCAUGACAAGGACUACAAGUCAGAGUCAUGUGAUAGAGUCUUGCUGCCAGAUGAGGACGCUGGACAGUGGGAUUGGAACCUUCCCACUCCCCGACUCAGGGAACCGAUCUGCGGGGCGACACGUGUCUAAGCAGGAAUCGACCUUGGAAACAGAAGCCCUCGCACCGUCUGAGCAAGUUCUUCUUUCAGCUCCUUCAGUAAAAGCCAAAACUCUUGAGCGAGAAGUGCCUUCAACAGCUAUGAGUCAGGAGUCUGUGGAAAGCAUAAUUAGUCACUCAACAUCUGAUCCAGCCAUCACUGCCAAAGGAAUAAUUAACCUUGCAAAGCAAAGUGAACGAGAACCAAGUUCUGUGACCUCUACCUCAUUAGAGCUUACUGAAGAAACUGUAGAAAAUAGAAAAGCUCUUUCAGAUUGGACAACCAAGAAAACUACAAAAACAAAGGACAGAGCUCUAAGAGUGUGCACUUAUUCUGCCAGCAGCAGUGACACUGAACCGGAGCCCGAGUAUGGAACAAAUUAUUUUCGAACUGCAAAGGAGACGUUAGUAGAGUUAACAAAGAGCAACAAACAAGCUGAGCAGGAAGAGCAGAAGCAGAGAAGGUCAGUUCUGGGGAACCCAAUGUCAAUCUUGGAUUUAUACCAACACAGUCUCUAUGGCCAUUUUGGAGAGGAUGGACCUGAACAAUUAACACAUUUCAGUUUAAUUGAGCAGCUGAGUGGACCUUCCAGUAAAGACAGCAAAGGCAAAGAAAGCCCAACUAAACUGAAGCAAACUGAAGAAACAAAAGAAGAUUCUCAGACUAGAUUAUCUAGAAUUUCCCUGGAGUCUCUCAAUAAAUUUAACAGCAAUAACGUACUUCUAUUAGAAAAGGAGAAGAACUGCCUGAACAAAGCUGAAGGACAAAAGGAAGAAAGCGGAAAGAAGGAAGCAUCUUCCUUAAACAGCUCCGAAAGGCAGGACGUGGACAAUUUGGAGUCCCUGAGCGAUUCUCUGUACGACAGCUUCUCCUCUUGUGCCAGCCAAGGCUCUAACGACGUGUGAGGGCGCUUUCAGCCGGCUGCAAAGGGAGCACUUACGGAGCUGCGAGCGGGCAGUGAGUGCGGAGUAGGAGCAGAACUCAGCCCGUGUCACUGUGCCCACGGCAGGCUGUUCGCAGCUUUGGUCUUCGUGACGCAGCAAUAAGGAAGGCAGCACCGCAUUUGUCUCAGUACAGGAGACUCAGUGCUCCACACAAGUGACUACACAGAGAAAAGUCUUAAUUUUGCACUUUUAUGAAUAUUUGUAUAGGUGUAAAUAUUUUGGAAAGAUAUAUUUGUAGGGAGAGAUGACAGCAAUAAAUAUUACGUUGGUGCUAUGCUCCCGUAAUGGCAGAUUACUGACUUAAAUUGAUGUUAAUAUUAACCAGAAAAGUUAGUAGAUUUUUUUUUUAAAGAUUUAUACUUAUUCUGGUCUUAAAACUAUGUAGAAACACUGUGUGUCCAUAAACCUGAGCCUAGCGAAUCAUGUGUAAGGAACUUUGCAGACACCUUUUGCAAAAUAUAUUUUUUAUUUUUAGUGCAAUUCCAUGCAAGCGCUCUGGGGAAAGGUGCAUUUCGGCUACAGUGUCGCCACAGGUGUGCUAUUGCAGAAGGUGUUUACUUUCAGCAUGGCGAGCACACGAAUAACGGGG